AUGAAGCGACUUGCACUCCUUUCGGCUUUAGCUACCUCAGCUAAUGCUGCAUUUUCAUUUCCAAAGACUUACUUAGCUCUGCUGGGUCCUGUGUAUCAAGCUCAGUUAAAUCCAUCUGCAAAUGCCUUUGUGAAUGCCGAGGCACAGGCUCGAAAGGCAGUCCAACAAGCAGUGAGUACUGGAAAUACUUCAUAUGGUGUACUGGACACUACAGACACAUCAUUUUCGGCCUCGGUAUUCAUUUUGACAGAGGAAACUAUCUAUCGAACUGGAAGUAUGGCAAAACUUUUGACGAUGUAUAUAUGGAUGGUGGACAUCGGCGAUGAUGUUUUCAACGAUCCAAUCACAAAGUAUAUUCCUGAAUUGGCCCAUGCGGCGAAUAGUUCCACCUAUACGCCAUUCUCCGUGAACUGGAGAGAGGUGAUAAUCGGUGCCCUUGCAACAGUAUUACACUGCAUAUUCAAGUUUCAUACAGUUCAUACUGGCGAUUUGGCUCUUACGACUUUCACACUUCCACCGGUAGCUGAGGAUGUCCUGCUUGGUUAUCCUCCUCUGAACGAAACCGUCCCACAAUGCAACUUUUACGGCCCACAAAAGACUUGCUCUCGCAAACAGCUCUUGGAUGGUGUUAUUCAACACCCACCCGUGUAUCCGUCUUAUAUAACCCCGGUGUACUCCAAUUUAGCAAUUGCGAUCCUCGCUCUCGCCUAUGAGGAAAUUACAGGCAUUCCUUUCGAUGCAGGCUUCAGCCGGAUAUUCAACGAGAAAUUAGGCUUGUCUUCCACAUAUAGAUACCCUCCGCCAGGCGCGGAUGCUAUAAUCCCUCAUAACGACAGUUUCUCGUUGUUUUCAUCCGAUCUAGGACUCGAGGCGCCGGCUGGUGGUGAAUACACAUCGACCAAGGAUUUGAGGGUAAUUGGCCAGUCUAUUCUCAGCAGCGCCUUGCUUCCGUCGUAUAUCACGCGGAGAUGGAUGAAGCCGAGGAAAGUCCAAGCAAACACAAUCAUUAACGCUGGACGAGACGUGGGAAAAUAUUCAACAUUUAUUGGCCUUGUUCCUGAUUAUAAUAUUGGGAUGACAAUUCUUGCUGCUUGGAAUGCGCCUGAUUCGUCCGUAUAUGCAAUCCGUGAUACUAUUGUCGACAUCUUUUACCCAGCUGCAGAAACCGCCACCAAAGAAAAAUCCGAAAAGGCAUUUACGGGCACUUUUGCUGCCAAUGAUCGUAACUCAUCGAUCACUCUCGCUAUCGAGGGGGGCUUAGGAGUCGCAAUCACAAGCUUGGUUAGCAAUGGUACCGAUUUUCUCACUGGUAUCUUAGCUGCCUACAGCGAUUUCCGUUUGUAUCCAACGGAGCAGCACACCUCGAGGGGAAGAGAUGGUCUGACAUUUUACCUUUACCAUCUUAACUCGUUGCAACAGAAUGGCGAGCCUUUUACACAAGAUUUCUCGGCGGUUUUUAAUAAUGAGUGGCUAAUGGUUGACUCGCUGAACUAUAUUAAUUUGGCAACGGAUACCUUCACGAUUGGGUUUGAUAAGCAGGGAGUUGUCCAGAGUGUUCGGUGUCAGGCAUUGCGAUCUACAAUGUAUCGCUCGGCAGAUUGGAUUUAG